CUGAGAUGUAGUGUUUGCGGAAGUUGAGAUCAUUUCUUCCGCACUGCCAGUUGUGAGCAGCGUUUUGCUGAAAUUAGUUACUUCUCCGUUACAAAAUGUACAGAUUAAAUACCAACACAUGUAUUUUUUUUUGACGUGGAUCCAUAUUAUGAAGAAAACAGUGACAAAAUGAGUGCUUACUGACAUUUCUGUUCACGUGUAUCCAACGUGGGCCACUCCACGUCGCUCCUCGUUUGUCUCUCCAAACAUUUGCUUUAGGCUUUUUGUUUCCAACCAUUACUGAACUUUAAUCUGCUGACGCUUUGGAUUACGGUGGUCUUGUUGCAUUGAGAGUUAGUGGACUCUCCGGGCAGAUUCACGGAAACAUGAACCCACCGAAGCGGCUCCGCAGUGAAGCUGAAACCCCGACAGGAGGGCGGGAGGAGGAGGAGAGGGAGGAGGAGGAGGAGAGGGAGGAGGAGAGGGGUGCAGUGGAUGUGAGUAUUGUCAUGCCGAUGUACAAUGCAUCGUGUUGGUUGGAUGAAUGUCUGCAGGCCAUUUCACUCCAAGACUUCACAGGGACCAUGGAGCUCUCCGUCUUUGAUGAUGCAAGCACUGAUGACUCCAGGAAAGUUGUGGAGGGGUGGAGGGAGAGGCUGGAGGCGAGGAGUAUCUCUUUGGGGAUCUCUGGUCACGACUCAGCCCAACCCAGAGGAGUGGGAUAUGCAAAGAACAAGGCGGUAUCUCAGAGCUGUGGACAACACUUGUGCUUUCAGGAUGCGGAUGACGUUAUGUUGCCCCAAAGAGUUCGGCUGCAGUAUGAGGCUUCUCUUCUCCAACCAAACUCUCUGGUUGGAUGUAAAGUUCGGCGAGUUCCAGAGGGAUCUACUGAGCGUUACACUCGCUGGAUCAACACAAUCACACAGGACCAGCUCACCAUACAGUUGUACACAUCUCAUGGGCCCACAGUCAUCAUGCCUACAUGGUUCUGCUCAAGGGACUGGUUUCUGAAGGUGGAACCGUUUGAUGAGGGAGGCAAGGGUGUCCCGGAGGACUUACUCUUCUUCUACCAGAGUAUCCGCCAAGGAGGGGGCGUGGCCAGAGUGGACGAGUGCCUGCUGGUGUACCGUUACCAUGAGAAGGCUACAACACACUCUGUAACAGAGGAAACUAUUUGGAAACUGCGGGUGGACUUCCUGCAGGAGAGAGUUCUCGGCCAAUGGGAGAGCUUCACCAUAUGGAACGCAGGAAAACAGGGACGAAAGCUGUACCGAAGCCUCAGCCCGACCAAUCAGGAGAAGGUGAAGGCUUUCUGUGAUGUCGAUGAGAACAAGAUCCAGAAAGGAUUUUACACAUAUGAGGAAUCCAAGCAAAGACCAAAGCCCAAAAUCCCGGUACUGCACUACAAAGACGCCUCGGCCCCUUUCAUUGUCUGCGUUAAACUGGACAUGACAGGAGGCGUUCUGGAGGAAAACCUUGACUCUCUGCAGCUUAAAGAAGGAACAGAUUACUACCAUUUCAACUGACGGCCGUCAGCACUGCAGAAGAAGAGAGUAGCUCUGCAGCUUUUAAGAGGUUAAAAGGGAUGCAGGGGAUUACUGGAUUACUCACUCCAACUCAAAAGGAACUGAGAAACAGGCAGAUGAAAACAGGAAGAGAGUGAAAUGAACACUGGGAAGGUUAUUGUGGGAGUUUUAGAGGCACUAGAAACCAGUACAGGGUUGCUCCAGCUGUCCGUAAAUUCAAACACCUAGUUCCAACAAAAUAUCUGAUUUAGGACGGCGUUUCACAAACUGUUAGCUCGCUCCCGCCUGUCAAUCAGGUCAGCUACACGCCUUAUUGUUUUUUUGUUUUUUUAUCAAUUUUGGGGCCCUUUUUGCCUUUACUGGAUAGGAUACAGGAAAUGUUGGGAGGAGAGAGCGGGGGACGACACGCAGCAAAGGGCCAAGGUCGGACCCUAACCCACGGCUAAAGCCCCCGCACAGGUGGUGCACAACACAACCACUAGAUCACCUUUGACAUGGUGAAUAUCCUUCAUAAAAUCAAAACAGAUUAGUUAACCCAUUAUUCAACCCCUGUGCAGUGUACAAACAGGCUUUUUUUAAUGGGGUGUGUAUGUGACUUCCGGUGCUUCUGCAGCCAGCCUCAAGUGGACACUCAAGGAACUGCAGGAUUUUGUACUCCUGCAUCGGCUUCAUUUUUCAACACUCGAGGUUGCUGCUUGGUUCACGAUAGGCAGCACUGUAGUGAAAAAAUUGUAUUUCCCUGGUUGGUCACAUUUAGUUAAAACGUAAUUUCUGCUGUUUUGAUAUAUUAUCUACGUUAAGCUCGACUAGUCAAGAUGAACAUUACGUCUCCAUGGUAACCAAACAAUGACACACCUUCAGUUACAAACUGUCUAGUUUCAAUGUGGGGCCUAGUGUGGAUUUUUCACUCAAUCUUAAGACUGAACUUCAACAGAGCUGGUACAACAGGCCACAGGUAUUUUUAUUUUUUACCUUUCAUAAAGACCCAGACGAGAGCUCCCCACCUUCCCCCACCCAGUCAUUGUGCCAAGCCAGUCUGUCCUGGCUGUGGUUCAUAUUUGAUUAACUGACAGCUAUCAGAGUUGUAUCUCAUGUAAUGUGAAAGAAGAAGAAUACCAUCAUUUUUUUAAAUGUCUCAGAAUCAGAAUCAGAAUCAGAUUUAUUGGCCAGGUAUGCUUACAUGUUUAACAUGCUUAAAUGUUAAACUAUUACUUUAUAUAGCUUAAACUCGGCUUGUUCAGGCUGCUAUAAACUACCAUGGAGUAAAAUUGAUAUGAAAGAUGGCAAAAAAAAAAAAAACCCUGAACAGAUUGUAUUAUAACUUAAAGAGUCUAAAGCCCUUAUAUUUUAGGACAGCUGUCUACACAAACAGGAAAGA